AUGAGAAGGCCCAACAGAGAACUCACCGAUGCAGAAAAAACCAGAAUUGGCAACUGGAUACUUAUACAGAGAAACAAUGGAAUGAAGAAGCAGAGGGGCAUUGUCAAUGAAGCAAUUCAUCUUUUUGAUGUCCGCCGGUCCACAGUACAAAGAAUCGGGAACGAGGCUAGAGAACAAUAUGACAAUGAACAAGCAGUCAGCAUUCAAUCACAUAAACCCAAAAAGUGCGGCACAAAAGGUAAGCUUCACUUAAGCAAACUUCCUCUAAUUGCUCAACUUCCAUAUCACAAACGAGUAAACGUUAGGAUACUUGCAAAAGCAUUAGAGAUUGGGAAGAGCACAGUUUACAGGUGGAAACAAAUGGGGCUAAUAAAGCCACAUAGCAAUGCAAUGAAACCAUCACUUACCAAUGAAAAUGUAAAACAAAGAGUGAAGUGGUGCCUUAGAGCAAUUGAUCAGAACAGUGGAUGUUUUAGUGAUAUGUACAACGUAAUCCACUUAGAUGAGAAGUGGUUUUACAUGACAAAAGGGACACAAAGGUAUUACCUUCUCCCAGGUGAACUCGGGCCUUACAGAUCAUGUAAGAGCAAGAGAUUCAUCACAAAAGUCAUGUUUCUUUGUGCUGUUGCAAGACCACGAUUCAAUGCAAACAAAGAAUGCAUUUUCGAUGGUAAAAUAGGCAUGUUUCCGUUUGUGAGGUGGGUACCAGCAAAGAGGAGAAGUAGAAACAGGCCAGCAGGCACUUUGGAGCUCAAACCAGUGACGUCAGUCACAAAAGAAUGUUACAGAAACAUGUUAAUCAGGCAAGUUAUUCCAGCAAUCAUGCAAAAGUGGCCAACAGAUCAUCAAGGUCCAAUCUAUUUGCAACAAGACAAUGCACGACCUCAUAUAAAGGUGAAUGACAGAGAAUGGAUGGAAGCAGUUCAACUUUCAAACAAACAGUUAAGGUUGAUAUUUCAACCUCCUAACAGUCCAUAUAUGAAUGUGCUAGACCUCGGUUUUUUUCGAGCAAUACAAUCCCUAAAAGACCAAACGUGUCCUAGAAACACCAAAGAGUUGGUUAAGAAUGUUAAAGUUGCAUUUAGGGAAUUUUGUCCAAUCAAAGGAAAUAGAGUCUUCCUUAGUUUGCAAUUGGUACUAAUGGAGGUUAUGAGAGUCAAGGGAAGCAACAACUACUUGCAAAAACAUGUUGGCAAAGAAGCUUUGGAGAGACAAAACAUAUUCCCUGUCACUUUCUCUCCACCUCCUACUCUAGUACAAGAAUGUGUAGCAUAUGUUGAAGCAAUGCAACAGGGAGUCUAA